GAUUAGAAGAGACAUAUUCAUAAUAGAGCUGUAACUUGUUUCACACUCCACUUCAUUUUUACAAGCUGAAGAUGUUUCUACAGGUGUUAGUUAUAUGUGUCUUGUAUAUUCAUUCAACUAAUCAAGUUGUGAUACCACCAACUGUUUCAGGAAAUUCCUCGAGGAAUAUCACUCAUGAACAUUUGACCCCUCUGGUUCCGCUAUUUCAUUAUGGAAAUCGAAGUUACUAUAUGGGAGUACAUAUGAAAGUCACGUUUCUACAGGCUAAACAGUUUUGUGAAAAUAUAGAUAUGAAACUUGUCUCCAUAGAGUCAGCGGAAGAAAAUGACAGAAUGUUCAAAGAAAUCAGAGAAUUAAAUAAAGGAGAUGAGUACUGGUCUUCGGGAUCAAGGAUGGUGGAUGGAAAAGAAUGGAGGUGGAUGAGUACAGGAAAGAGGUUCGAAUUUUCAAAAUGGGCUACUGGUCAACCCGAUAGCCCUGUGGACCAAUGUACUGUGCUAACUCAUCAGAAAAAUGUGGGUCUCUUCUGGAAUGACCGGGACUGCAAUUUACUAUUUUGGUUCAUUUGUGAGAAGGAGUUCGAUGCCGGAAAUAAUUACACUGAAUUGCGAGUCACCGGUUCACUGAAUCCAAUACAGAUGACACCUUUGUGGCCAAAUAUCAAACUCCUACAUUUCAAAAAUAAGAGUUAUUACUUUUCAAGACAAUUCAAGGGAAAUUUUCUACAAGCUGUUGAGUUUUGCCAGAUGAUCAAUAUGCAGCUUGUUACCAUCACCUCAGAGGAAGAAAAUUCUAGAAUACACAAGUAUAUUAGAGAUACCAUUGGUGGUGACAGUUGGUGGACUUCCGGUAGCAGAAUUCUGGAUGGUGAAAGAUGGGUCUGGAUAUCAACAGGAAAGCAAGUUGAGUACACAAACUGGUUAGUAGGACAACCAGAUAAUAUGAAUGAUCUCUGCAUCAAUCUAAUUCAUCAACGGAAUAACGGGCUCUUCUGGAAUGACAUCAACUGCAACACUGCUAUGCAGGUCAUUUGCGAGGCGCCGAAUGCAGAUUAUAACUAUGAAGAAGAAAGACGCAAUAAGAAAGGUACAUAUUAUGAUAACUAUUGGGGAGGACGUGACUGGAGGCCGCUAGUUGAUGUCAGAGACGAUAGUGGAGAUUCCGAAUGGUUGCGUAGAGUGAGACGAGUUCCUCCUGGUGCGAUACAUAUGUCUCAUCAAGAAGGAAAAACUUUCCACGUAGAAAACGAUCUAGAGGGGACUCAAGCUGAAGCUGUCGAGUUUUGCAAUUACCAUAACAUGCAACUGCUGGAGGUGGAUGACAAAAAAGUUGAUAUUAUCAAACGACUUUUAUCUGAUUCAAGUGUGGUGAGGAAAUAUUGGACUGCAAAUCCCUUCCCUAAAAGCAGAAGCUGCAUAGUCAUCGAUAAGUACGUGACUGGAAGAAUUCAAUUUUGUGAAAGCAAGAGAAACUUCAUUUGUGAAAUAGGAGAAAGUUCACGAUUUUCUCCAUACCCCCAACCAGUAGUGAAUGUAUACGUUAGCAACAAUGUGAUGAAAGAGGAUGGAACAAUGAAGAAAAUAUCGGAAAACUUUUUUUUGUCAAACAAUAUUAGUGUUACAGAAGAGGGAUAUCAAGUUGAAUUCAAUACUAGUUUCGAAGUUCCUGUUGAAGCUGAUGACAAUGAAAAUACCUCUUCGAUACCUUUGUUAUUCCCACAUGAUAAUUGAUUGAUUCAAAUGAUAUUCUUCAUCCAAAAUAUUUCAUAGUAUUCAGUAUACUAAUUUUCAGAUGUUUUAUAUGUAAAUAAAUAUUUUUUUUGAUACGACUGAAAAUGUUUCAGUUCCGCAGGUUAUUCGACAAAACUGGACCUCAACUGUUUAUGUAUUGUUUAUGUUUGAUUUGAUUCAUCUUUGAAUGAAAUAAUCAAUAGUUUUUGCAUUCACUAAGAUGCUUUUAAAAACAAGUUCAAUAACUGAUGGACUGGGUUUUCAUUCGAAAAAUUUGUAUGGAAUUAUUGUUCAUGAACUAUAAUAUCUACUAUGACAGCACUGAAAAAAAUCCACACAUACAUUACCACCUCUCCAGAAAAUCAGUAUUGUCUGAAGAAUGUUGAAAUAAUGUGUUCGUUUCAUUAUACAUACUUCAACAAC